AUGGCCACGUCCCAGAACAACCCGCUCCUCGCCGACUGGUCGUCGCAGCCGUUCUCGCUCCCGCCCUUUGGUGCGAUCCACGCUGCUCAUUUCCAGCCCGCGAUCGCCGUCGCCCAGACCGCGCAGCUCGAGGAGCUCCGCCAGAUCGUCGAGAACCCGGACGAGGCCACGUUUGCCAACACGAUCGUCGCCUACGACCGGUCCGGCGGCCUUCUCUCCAAGAUCCUCGGUGUCUACUACAACCUGUGCCUCUCCUAUGCGCCGCCAGAGCUCCAAGCCGUCCAGCGCGAGCUCGCGGGUCCGCUGGCGGCCUUUGACGCCAAGGUCACGACGUACGCGGGCCUUUUCGAGCGUAUUGAGACCGUCUACUUGACGCGCGAAGGCUUCAACGCGGAAGAUCGCCGCUUGAUCGAGCGCAUUCACAAGGACUUUGUGCGUGACGGCGCGCGCUUCGACAAGGCAACCCAGGUCCGCUACAAGGAAGUGCUCCAGGAGUUGGCGCAGCUCACGACCAAGUUCACUCAGAACGUCCUCGCCGACGAGACAGACUACACGAUCGAGCUCUCGGAGGCCGAGAUGAACGGCUGCUCCUCUGAUAUCAUUGCGUCCGCCAAGCAAAACGCGGCCGACCGCAACGCUGCCGACGGCGUCUACAUUGUCACGCUCAGUCGCUCGAUGGUCGAGCCUUUCCUCACGUACGCCACCAACAGCGUCGCCCGCGAGAAGGUCUUCCGCGCUUUUACGUCCCGCGGCGAGCCCUCGCCCGAGCGCGACAACAACCAAAUCGCAAAGCAGAUCCUCAAGCUUCGCAUCGAGCAGGCUACGGCCCACGGCUACAAGACGUUCGCUGACUACCAGACGAGCGACACGAUGGCCAAGACGCCGGACGCCGUCAGCAACCUCCUCAACCGCGUCUGGGCGCCGGCCAAGGUCGCGGCCAACCGCGAGCGCGAAGCCCUUGAAGAGUACGCGGCCUCGAUCGGUGAGAGCAGUGUUAUCCAGGCGUGGGACUGGCGCUACUACUCGGAGAAGGUCCGUCAGCUCCAGUACGACAUUGACGAGAUGACGGUCAAGCCGUACUUUAGCCUCGACCGCAUGACGGACGCAGUGUUUGACGUGGCGUUCCGUCUCUUUGGCCUGCGUUUCAUUCUGCGCGAAGGCAUUGAGACGUACCACCCGGACGUCAAGGUCUACGAAGUGCGCCAGACGACGGCCAUUGAGAACGAGGACAAACUCGUAGCGAUCUUCUUCCACGACAACUUUGCGCGCAAGUUCAAGGCUGGCGGUGCAUGGAUGAGCACGUUCCGCAAGCAGAGCCGCAACGUCGACGAGAAGGGCACGCAUGUCAUUCCUGUCAUCAUCAACAACAACAACUUUGUCAAGGGCGACCCAACGCUGCUUUCGUUCGACGACGCCGUUACGCUCUUCCACGAGUUUGGCCACGGCUGCCACGGUAUGCUCUCGGACGUCACGUACCGCCGCCUCGCUGGCACGUCCGUCCUGCGCGAUUUUGUCGAGCUCCCGUCCCAGCUCAUGGAGCACUGGGUCAAGGAGCGCGCUGUCUUGACCAAGCACGCCCGCCACUACAUCACCAACGAGCCGAUCCCGCAAAGCCUUCUCGACAAGAUCAAGGCGGCCGCCACCUUUGGCCAGGGCUUUGGCACCGUCGAGUCUACGGCGUGUGCGCUUUUGGACCAGACGCUCCACCAGCUCGACUCGGUCGAUGACCUCGACAUGCUUGCGUUCGAGGAGGCGGAGCUCGCCAACCUCGAGAUGCCGACAGGGAUCGCCAUGCGCCACCGCAUUCCGCACUUUGUGCACCUCUUUGCGGGCUCGAGCUACGCGGCGCUCUACUACGUGUACCACUGGGCCGAGGUCCUCGACGCCGAUGCAUUUGACGCGUUCGUGGAGGCGGGCGACAUUUUUGACGCCGCGACAGCCAAGCGGGUGCGAGAACACAUCUAUUCGACGGGCAACUCGGUGCCCCCAAUGGACGCGUACCGUGCGUUCCGCGGCCGCGAUCCCGUGAUCGAGCCAAUGCUCAAGAAGAAGGGACUCUUGUAAGACGUGCGGCGCCACUGACAACAUAAGCCGAGAAUCCAAGUCGUACAUAUUGUGA